AUGAACUCUCUUCCACCUUCUCGCCGUCCGUCGCUUGUGCCGUCAGCUUCAUCACGCUCCUUCCACCGCAGAGUCUCGGCGCUCUCCCUCUCAGCAGCCGAACAAGGAGACACGAGUCGUGUUAACCCCGAAGAUCAGGUCGUCGCCGAUGAGAUUGAUGAGAUCAAGAGAUAUGAAGACUUUACAACAAUAGAUUGGGUCAGAGAUGCUGCCAGGGAGCAGCAGCGACGCAAGGCCAAGCGACAAGAGCGUGCUGGUUUCUUCGAGAGAGAUGGUCGCCUGGGUUGGAGAAGAAGGCUAUGGGAGGCUUAUGAUGCUGGCCAAGCGUGGCUGGUUGUUACUCUGAUAGGCACUGCCAUUGGUCUCAAUGCUGCCUUUUUGAACAUAGUCACCGAAUGGUUGUCCGAUAUCAAGCUCGGUCAUUGUACAACUGCCUUUUAUCUGAAUGAGAGUUUCUGUUGUUGGGGUGCCGAGGAAGGCUGCGCAGAAUGGCGGCCUUGGAGUUCCCAUAUCAUUUUCCGCUAUGUAAUUUACAUUAUCUUUUCCACCAUUUUUGCCUUUACAUCCGCCAGACUCGUCAAGUCAUAUGCCCCAUAUGCUGCUGGUUCUGGUAUAUCCGAGAUCAAAUGCAUCAUUGCAGGCUUCGUUAUGAAGGGCUUCCUCGGCUUCUGGACUCUGCUGAUCAAGUCCAUCGGUCUGCCUCUUGCCAUCGCUUCUGGUUUGUCCGUUGGCAAGGAAGGACCCAGUGUUCACUAUGCUGUGUGCACAGGCAAUGUCAUAUCUCGCUUCUUCGACAAAUAUCGCCGAAAUGCUGCAAAAACUCGAGAGAUCCUUAGUGCAUGUGCUGCAGCAGGUGUAGCUGUUGCUUUCGGAAGUCCCAUUGGAGGUGUCCUGUUCUCACUCGAGGAAAUGUCAAACUAUUUCCCACUAAAGACUUUGUGGAGAAGUUACUUUUGUGCGCUGGUAGCAACCGCAGUCCUCUCUGCCAUGAAUCCCUUCCGUACCGGCCAGCUUGUCAUGUUCACCGUCAGCUAUGACCGACAAUGGCAUUUCUUCGAAAUCUUCUUCUAUAUCAUUCUCGGAAUAUUUGGUGGCCUCUACGGUGCGUUGGUCAUCAAGUGGAACCUCCGCAUGCAAGCCUUCCGAAAGCGUUACCUCGCUCAAUAUCCAAUCCUUGAGGCCACCAUACUCGCCACAGCUACAGCUAUCCUCUGCUACCCGAACAAGUUUUUACGCAUCGACAUGACAGAGAGUAUGGAGAUUCUCUUCCUCGAGUGCGAAGGAGGUCAUGACUAUGAUGGCUUGUGCGACCGUCAAAACCGCUGGACGUCAGUAAUGUCCCUCCUUAUCGCGACUGUCCUUCGCACCUUUCUCGUCAUCAUCUCGUACGGUUGCAAAGUACCUGCAGGUAUCUUUGUACCUUCCAUGGCGAUCGGAGCAUCUUUCGGACGCAUGGUUGGUAUCCUGGUCCAGGCUAUGCAGCAGGCAUUUCCCAACUCUGCGUUCUUUUCAGCUUGCCAGCCUGAUCUACCCUGCAUCACUCCAGGCACAUAUGCCUUCUUGGGCGCUGCGGCUGCGUUGUCUGGGAUCAUGCACAUCACCGUUUCCGUCGUCGUUAUCAUGUUUGAAUUGACAGGAGCCUUGACCUAUAUCCUACCCACCAUGAUCGUUGUAGGUGUUACGAAAGCAGUUAGUGACCGCUUUGGAAAAGGAGGUAUUGCAGAUCGUAUGAUCUGGUUCAACGGUAUGCCAUUCCUCGACAACAAGGAGGAUCACGCUUUCGGUGUGCCCGUCUCUACAGCUAUGACCAGCGAGCUGAAAGCUUUGCCAAUAUCCGGCUUGGAGGUUCGCGACAUUGAGAAACUAUUGGACGACAAUAAGUUCUCUGGCUAUCCGAUUGUUGAGGAUGCAACCUCGAUGAUGUUGGUCGGGUAUGCUGGUCGUACAGAGCUUCGUUAUGCUCUUGACCGGGCUAGGCGUGAUCAGAUGGCAACACCACGCACCAAAUGCUUCUUUACUCCAGUCGCAGGGCAGGUGCCAAUCACGCCAUCAACACCAAACCCAGCAGUACACUUCGACUACCUCAGUGCGUCAUCAAACCAAUCAAGCGUAGACUUGAGUAAGUUCAUCGAUGCAACACCUAUCACAGUCCAUCCUCGUCUACCUCUGGAGACCGUUAUGGAGCUCUUCAAGAAGCUUGGACCUCGAGUCAUUCUCGUCGAAUAUCGCGGCAGACUUACCGGACUAAUCACAGUCAAAGACUGCUUGAAGUACCAGUUCCAGGCAGAAGCCCACGAGAAUCCCAAAGACGAUUCGGCGCUCAGGGAAGCCCAAGAUCGCUUGUGGCAAGUGAUCAGGAAGACAGCGGGUUGGAUAAAUAGUCGACUGUCAUUCUUAAAGCGUCAGACUCGCCACGUGCGACUGCCAUCUUAUUCUGAUGCAGGCGUGACACCGAGGAGUGACACAUCUGCGGAAGGGCGAGCGGCAGCUAGACACGACGACCUAGAGCUAGACUGUCAAACAUGA